AUGCCGUUUGUGCAGACGAUUGUCUCGGUCUCGCUGGACGACCAGAAGCGCGCCAACCUUUCGACAGCGUACCGCAUGAUCUGCCGCGAGGAACUCGGCAAACCCGAGGACUUCGUGAUGACUGCGUUCAGUGAUGCCACCCCGAUAACUUUCCAAGGCUCCACGGCCCCUGCUGCUUACGUACGCGUCGAGUCCUGGGGCGAAUACCCGCCCUCGAAGCCCAAGAUGAUGACGCCGAGGAUCGCCGCGGCCAUCACGAAGGAGUGCGGCAUCCCGGCUGAGCGUAUCUACGUGUUCUACUACAGCACGAAGCACUGCGGCUGGAACGGCACUAACUUUUGA